AUGCCAACCCCAGGUGUCCCCACCCCAUGCCAACCCCAGGUGUCCCCACCCCAUGGCAACCCCAGGUGUCCCCACCCCAUGCCAACCCCAGGUGUCCCCACCCCAUGCCAACCCCAGGUGUCCCCACCCCAUGGCAACCCCAGGUGUCCCCACCCCAUGCCAACCCCAGGUGUCCCCACCCCAUGCCAACCCCAGGUGUCCCCACCCCAUGCCAACCCCAGGUGUCCCCACCCCAUGCCAACCCCAGGUGUCCCCACCCCAUGGCAACCCCAGGUGUCCCCACCCCAUGCCAACCCCAGGUGUCCCCACCCCAUGGCAACCCCAGGUGUCCCCACCCCAUGGCAACCCCAGGUGUCCCCACCCCAUGGCAACCCCAGGUGUCCCCACCCCAUGGCAACCCCAGGUGUCCCCACCCCAUGCCAACCCCAGGUGUCCCCACCCCAUGGCAACCCCAGGUGUCCCCACCCCAUGCCAACCCCAGGUGUCCCCACCCCAUGCCAACCCCAGGUGUCCCCACCCCAUGGCAACCCCAGGUGUCCCCACCCCAUGGCAACCCCAGGUGUCCCCACCCCAUGCCAACCCCAGGUGUCCCCACCCCAUGGCAACCCCAGGUGUCCCCACCCCAUGGCAACCCCAGGUGUCCCCACCCCAUGCCAACCCCAGGUGUCCCCACCCCAUGCCAACCCCAGGUGUCCCCACCCCAUGGCAACCCCAGGUGUCCCCACCCCAUGCCAACCCCAGGUGUCCCCACCCCAUGGCAACCCCAGGUGUCCCCACCCCAUGGCAACCCCAGGUGUCCCCACCCCAUGCCAACCCCAGGUGUCCCCACCCCAUGCCAACCCCAGGUGUCCCCACCCCAUGCCAACCCCAGGUGUCCCCACCCCAUGUCAACCCCAGGUGUCCCCACCCCAUGGCAACCCCAGGUGUCCCCACCCCAUGCCAACCCCAGGUGUCCCCACCCCAUGGCAACCCCAGGUGUCCCCACCCCAUGGCAACCCCAGGUGUCCCCACCCCAUGCCAACCCCAGGUGUCCCCACCCCAUGCCAACCCCAGGUGUCCCUACCCCAUGCCAACCCCAGGUGUCCCCCAGCAGGCGGCAGUCACCACAACAACACAGAGCUCAUCCAGGAGUCUCCCACAGAUUGA